ACCCUUAACCUAAACCCUAACUUGCGACCAAAUCCUGAGCUCUAUAUAAACGAAGCUCUCAAUUUCCAUUUAUGAAUCAAUAGAAUUCAGAUCCAUAUAUCGACGCUUCAAUUCAUGGAUAAGAACUUGUUAGAAACGGAUAUCUCAUCUCUCUCCGAGUCCGAUCAAGCACGAAUUUCUUCGAUUAUCGACCAGAUGCAAACGCGCGACAGCCUUGGUUUGUAUAGCAAGCUUUCACAAAGAUGCUUCAAUGACUGCGUAACUUCCUUCUACCGUAAAACUUUAGGCAAGCAAGAAGAAAUUUGUGUGAGGAGAUGCACAGAGAAGUUCUUGAGGCUCUCAACGAGGGUGGCGACAAGGUUUGCUGAACUCAACCAAGAUGGUUCGCGUCAAUAGUCGAAAGUUUUGAGAUAAGCAAGAAGUAAUAUGUGCAAAAAAUUAUUCCACCUCUCAAUGAGGGUGGCUGCCUCCACUCAUUGAUGCUCAUUCUUACUCUCCAAUUCGUUUUGGAACCAACACAAUCCUUCUAGGUUACGGAUAUUAGGGUGUCCACUAUAAGGCGGACACCCCAAUAGCUCCACCCCAGUUUUUGUCCAUAGCCCCAGUUUUUUUUCCAUAGUCCCAAAAUUUUGUUUCUGCCACUAUGGUGUACACUUCCAAUAGCCUCUAAAUUUUAUAAUUAAUUUUCAUUCUA